CCGGGGCUCGCACUGCUGUCGCGAAAGGGGUGCCGGGUGUCCGGGCUCGGUGGGGCGGAGAGGUCAGAGUCUCGUUCCCGGGCUGGGGGCAGGUGCCGGAGCACCGGCCGUGUGGGAAGCCCCUGCGUUCGAGGAAGCGGGAAAUGUUGAUAUCAGCCUCGAGAGUCUCUCAGGGAAGAGGAGUAGUCGCCCACCGGCCCGGAUGGCGCGAGCCCUCUGGAUGGGCCGUCCUUCUGGAGGGGGGGCGGUUUCCGGGGGGAAACCGAGGAAGCUGAAACUUGGCGCUUUGGUUCCGAUCUGCAGCUGGUGCAGAACUGCUCUCCUUGCGCCCCCCGUCUCCCCCUGUAUCCUUGCUCUUCCCCUGUUCCCGCUCUCACCGCCCCGGCUUGUGCUGCCACCCAACCAGGAAACACAGAUUAUUGUAUUACUUUAGAAUAUAGGACCUGUGAUUGCAUGAGGAAACCCUCUAAUAUUGCAAGACUUGGAACCAGGUCUACCUGAUUCUGAGCAUUGCAAGAGGUUUUGUGUUUUUGUGGGAAAGUGAAGUGUGUCCAUAAGGCUGCUCUAAUGACGGAGCUAUCCGCACCCUUACCCUACUUCCAGAAUGCACAGAUGACAGAAGAUAGCCAUAUGAGCAAUACAGUACGAAGCCAGAAUGAUGGCAGGGAAAGACAACGCCAUGAACAUAGUGAAAGGCGGCGGCACGGUAACCCUGAGUCAGAGACCAAUGGACAACCCCAGGGUGGCACAAGGCAGGUGGUGGAACAUGAUGAUGAAGAAGAUGAAGAGUUGACUUUAAAAUAUGGUGCCAAACAUGUGAUCAUGCUGUUUGUGCCAGUUACACUCUGCAUGGUUGUGGUUGUGGCCACUAUCAAAUCUGUCAGCUUUUAUACCCGGAAGGAUGGACAAUUAAUUUAUACUCCAUUCACUGAAGACACAGAAACUGUAGGACAGAGGGCACUACAUUCCAUUCUGAAUGCUGCCAUCAUGAUCAGUGUUAUUGUGGUUAUGACUAUCCUGUUGGUGGUACUUUAUAAAUACAGGUGCUAUAAGGUGAUCCAUGCCUGGCUUAUAAUUUCCUCUCUCUUGCUAUUGUUCUUCUUCUCAUUCAUUUAUUUGGGUGAAGUAUUCAAAACCUACAACGUUGCCAUGGACUAUAUCACUCUGGCACUUGUGAUUUGGAAUUUUGGUGUGGUAGGAAUGAUUUGCAUCCACUGGAAAGGACCUCUUCGGCUCCAGCAGGCCUAUCUCAUUAUGAUCAGUGCUCUCAUGGCUCUGGUAUUCAUAAAGUAUCUUCCUGAAUGGACGGCAUGGCUCAUCUUGGCUGUAAUUUCGAUAUAUGAUUUGGUAGCAGUUUUGUGUCCAAAAGGUCCAUUACGUAUGCUUGUUGAAACAGCUCAGGAAAGAAAUGAAACUCUCUUCCCAGCUCUUAUUUAUUCCUCAACAAUGGUGUGGUUGGUAAACAUGGCAGAAGGAGACCCAGAAGCUCAAAGGAGAGUUUCCAAAAAUUCUAACUACAAUGCACAAACUCCAGUAAAUCAGAAUUCCAGCAAUGUUACUGACAGUGAUGAUGGCGGUUUCAAUGAAGAGUGGGAAGCUCAAAGGGAUCGUAAUCUGGGGCACCACCAGUCUACUCCAGCAUCCAGGGCUGCUGUGCAGGAGCUUCCUGGAGGAGCAUCCCAUAUGCAUGAUGAUCCUGAGGAAAGGGGAGUGAAGCUUGGACUAGGAGAUUUCAUUUUCUACAGUGUUCUGGUUGGCAAAGCCUCAGCAACAGCUAGCGGAGACUGGAACACAACAAUAGCCUGUUUUGUAGCCAUAUUAAUUGGUUUGUGCCUUACCUUACUGCUUCUUGCCAUCUUCAAGAAAGCAUUACCUGCUCUUCCAAUAUCCAUCACUUUUGGGCUUGUUUUCUAUUUUGCCACAGAUUACCUUGUGCAGCCUUUUAUGGACCAGCUAGCAUUCCAUCAAUUUUAUAUUUAGCACAUUAAAAAUUGGAAUCCCAUGGAUUUUUCUCCUCUGACUGUAGUAAAAUCUGGAGAGGACAAAAAAAUUUUCCUCCUCUUCAUGGAACAGUUUCAAGAUUCCCAGAUGGAUUCAUUGCAACUUUCUCCCAGUUUUUUGUGAGAAUUUGCCUCCCUGAACAUUGAAAGGCAGUAAAUGGUUUUAAAUGUUGAUUUUUAAUUUUUUUUUUCUACAAGAAGCCACCUGGAUUUGUGAAUAGAAAUAGGAGGAAGACAAUAGGCUAAAAAGUUGUUAAUGCUUCCACCAGCAAUUUAUCCCUUGGUAACAGGUAGAUAUUACCAACACUACAGACUCUCAGGACUACUAUUGCCAAGAGGUUAAAUGAGGGAAGUUGUUAAAUCAAACAGUAAUCUUUAUCUGAACCCACAUGUUGAAAAAAAUCAACCUAAUAAAUCUGUGUUAGUUAAAUGUUGAGCUGUUUGGGUGUAUCAUCAGGUGGACAGACAUCUGCAGCCAAAUGGAAUGGAGAAAAGGGAGGCAGCUUGCCACUUCCAGAUUUUUAUGCUAGAAGUUCAAGCCAUUUUCAAGUAAAAGAAUCUCUUCCACCUUGGGUCAAGCCAGGUGCUUAGACAGAUUUUAAUGUUUUUUUUUUUUUUUUUUGGUUGUUCUGAAGCACUGAAGUUUUAUCACUUUUCACUUUUACCAUUUCUUCUCAACCUCAAUCUAAAGUUUAAAAAAAAAAAAAAAAAAAAAAAAAAAAAACAACUAGUCCAUCUCAAAGGACUUUGGUUCAAGAUUCAAUAGAGAUUGUGGUAAGGGGACUAUUCAAAGCUUGCUCCUCACCAGCAUUCUCAAAAUGCUUCGGCUGUUCAACUAAAUUUCUGUCCGUCCUUGCUGUGAUGGCAGCACACAAUUAAUCUUUGUUUUUCAACAGGUACAGCAUUCCAAGUUCACUUUUCCCCACAUACCUUCCAUAUCUUUCCCCUUCACUCCAAAUUGCAUGUAAUUCUUCUAAGACAGAUAAUCCAUCAUAGCAAUGGAUGGGUGACCCAUUUAUUUUAGGAUUUAACUCAAGCAUGCUUAUGAAUUGCUGCAAUUAACCUUUUUCUUGUAAUUUCUUUAUCAAUAUAAAGACUCCAUCCAAAGUUUAUGGCCAAAAGCUGGGGAAUUAAAAAAAAAAACAUGAUGCUUUGUGAUAUUCUUUUUCUUAGUCUGAUACAAUAUUUCUGGCAGCUGUUGAGAAUUGGAAUGCACUGCUGAAGGCAAAUUAUUUUUUAAGUACUUUGUGAAUCAAUUUUGUUUAGCAAAGUUAGAAAGUAGUAUGUAGAAAGAUACUAUUUUUAGUCUAAAGCUUGGCCUAUGGAGAACAUGGGGUUAAGAAGGAGAAGUCACUGAUGAGUGAAGAAGAGGCCUCAAACAGCAAAUAGGCAAAAUAAACCAAAUACUAAAGAGCAGAUACCAAAUCAUUUAUCAAAGACCUUACAAUUGGUUUUUUGUGGUUACACCUCUCCUAUUGCAGGUUGUUCCAAAAUAUCUUUGUUUGAAUUGAGGACAGUGAAGACUGUGAAAGCAGUGAAAUCCAGAUUCUGUACAAGUAUGCCAAACAAAAAAAAAUCUGAUGACUGCCCUUUUUAGAGGUAAUCUCUCUAAAGUCUGUGUUGUAGACGGCAAACUCUGUUGGCCUUCUUUACCUCAGAGAACCUUCAGCUUUAGUGAUGAGAUGAUGUGAUCAGAAGGCAUGAGACAGUGCUGUGGCUCAGGAAUGGCCAGUAUCAUCUCUUCUCCCUAACAUGUUUCUAGCUGUAAUAUAUUUUCUAGAUUGGAGCAAUUCCCUGGAAUAUAUAUGCCCUGCCAGUGGAUGACUUCUCUGAUUUAUUAUGGUAAUAAGUAAAAUGUGUGUAUUCACCUGGUUUGGGAUUUUAUGUUUAGAUAAUGCCUUUGUAUCUAAGUACUUGCUUAUAUUGGAUUGCUUUGGGAAUUUCAGUGGAAAUGAAGGAUGCAAAAAGAAAGAA